GCAGGUUGCUAGGUAAGAGCUGGACAGGACAGGGAGUGCAGUUGAACUCACAUUGUCUCUGUGCAGUUUGGGGCAAGUGACAGAAACGAGGCUUAUUCACAUUACAAAAAGGGCUUCAUGGGGAAGGAGCUGUUCUGCUUCACUAAACUGCAGCUUUCUUCGACUUUGGUACAAAGGAGGAUCUGUCCGCCUCGCUGCAGGUAGAUAACUGUGCACAGAAGUGAGGCGGAAGCUGCUCGUGCGAGAGGAAUCAACCUGUUCGAUGUUUUCCCGAUUUGCUUCGACCGUCCGGAUCAAAGCAGCAGUUAAAGGGAGGCGUUAAGUUCCCCGAGCGAGUGGUGGAAGCAGUGAAAUGGACCCAAGCUGAUGCUCAGUAACCCCAGCCUGCCCCGCAGAGAUGGCAGCCUGUCCAGAGGUGCUGCCCUUACCUGAAGCCGUGGUUGGGAGCGUUUUACUGCUGGUGCUGAGCAGUAAUCCCGUAUGGGGAAAUUCCAGCGCUACGACCGCCAGUCCCACUAACAACACACGACCAAACAUUGCAGUUAUCGUGGCCCCGACAGUGACUCUGGGUGUUCUGGCCAUAGUUCUGGGCGUUCUCGGCUGGCUGUUCUUUGUGGUGAAGAAGAAAAGACAAACCGAAGGAACCUACAGGCCCAGCGCCGAGGAAAAUUCUGGCCCUUGCAGCAUGGCCGCACCAGAUGCCUUACAGCUACCAAAGGAGGAGAGGCUCAUUUGAGAUUUGUGCAAAAUACCAAAACUGACAAAAAGUUGCAAACACUCAGUGUUGCUAAGUGACGUGGCUUUAAGCUGAUAAACUGAGGAAGAACGUCAGGUUGAAGACAGGAUGGGCAACUCCACAGCAUGAUGCAUAAACCCACUGCUUCCUUUUUAAACAAGCACUGAACUGCACUCGGCGAUCUUAUGGAGGGAAUCAAGAACAAUUAAACACUUCAAUCAACUCUGAAUGUCAGAUAAGCACAUUUGAUACUGCAGUAUUUCAUAGGCAUUAAUAAUUGUAGCUAUUAUAUGUUUUUUUUUGGGGGGGGGUUAGUAUCCAUAUGCCAAUGUAACACAUCACUUGAUUAAGCCCAUUAUGAUGUCACUUUUAAAUCUAUGCUGAUCUAUAAUGUCAGAUUAUUUUUUUCAGCUAAUUUCAUUUGAAAUGAACAUGGAAGUCUCUUUUUAUUUGAUGAAUUAUAUCAAACAUGAUUUUAUUUUAACCUGAACCUGCUGUGUAAAUAUAAAACAGUUUUGAUUUUCUCCAAGCAAAAGCAAAAAAGCUAUCAAAUGUUUACACUUUGAAGUAUUCUUGGAGCAAUCAUUAUUUACAGUGGUAUUGUUCAUACAUUUCAUCAGAUCAAUUCUGCAUGUUUAUUUAUGCUUUUACCAAUUAAAUAGUGAAAUAUUAGUUUGUGGUACUGAACGUGUCGGUCGAGCAUAAAGAUGGUGGACAAAAUGUGGUUGGGGAAACAUGUCUAAACUAAUAAUUAAGUAUCAACACGUACAGUUUCUGAACUUACCAAAAAUAUUCUCAGGAUGAGAAACCUUAUCAUUGUAUUUGUACAAAAAGUCUCAGAAUGAUAAAACAACUUUGCAGAUAAGCAUUUCCUGUAACAAGAAUGUGAGAAGAGUAAAUGCAGAGUCAUGG